GAAGCAGCCAUGGCCCGAUGUACACAGGAGCUUUCACGACUUCUUAACGGAGCAGACUUUCAAUUGCGUGAGUUGCGUCACGGAGUUCGAAUUCUGCAGCGCCGCUCUUCAGGCCAUCGAGGUGCAAAGUUCGCCGCCUUGGACCUUCGCAGGUUGGGGAGCCUUCUCUCGACAGCCGUGUUCGUACUCAGCUUUUGCGCCACAAGGUGCUUCGCAAGUUCGUUGGCCAGCUUCCUCAUGCUGCUACCCCUCGGGCUGGUGCUGUACUCGUGCUCAUGGGGGCGAGGUGCAGAGCUCCCCGUCCUGGCUGCUGCAGUGCGUGUUUCCGGCACUGGAGAGGAGGCGGAGCUGGAACAUGGGGAUAAGCAGCCGCUCGGGUGCACGCUGGUGGAGUGUCGCUUCUGCCUCGGCGGCGAUGCCGACGACACAGUCUUCGUGGCCCCCUGCAGCUGCCGUGGUGGCCAGCGCUGGGUGCAUUUGGAGUGUCUGCGGCGCUGGCAACGCUCUAUUCUGGUUACGCAACCUACGCAUCCAGCUUUCUACCACGAGGAUCGCCGGAUGACGCAUUGCAGUGUUUGCACGCAGCGCUUUUCGUGUCCACUUCCUUCGCGCCACGAGAUGAUGAUGAGCUUCACGGGUGCAGAACUGGCAGCCUCGGUCCAGGAGCGAUGCCUCAUCUGCUCGUCCGAGUCAUGGUCGGCCGCCCUGAGGGCACGGAUCCAUGCAGGCUUGGAUCGCGCAAGCAUCUCGAACCUGGUGCACUGGUGCCGGGGCGUGUACUUAAUCUACUAUUGCGGAGCCAAGCAGCUGGUUCUGAGCAUUCCCGACGAAGCGAACCGAACCGCGGUUCUUCAAAAUCUGGACGGUUCCGGGCACAUUGAGGUACAAGGCCGACAAUAUCAGGUGCUGAGUGACGGGCCGCUGUCUCACCUUCCGCCAGAAGCAUGCAGAUCCGGGGAAAGCAGUGCAGAAGCCGUUUCAGCGCCCUCUUCAAGGAGAGGGGCUGCUUGGGUCCGAGCGGUCAGUGAUCAAGCUCACUCAAGCCGAUCUCGCGCAUCGCGUUUGUUCGCAGCCUUGACUUCGAUCCAGCUGCCUGUGGAUGUAACGCUUCAGCGAAUUGGUCCUGGUGGAGAUGCUAGUGAUGACAGCAUCCGAGCGGUUAAUUUAAGCAAUCGCAUCUCGUCGGACGACCUGCCCAGCGCGGUGCAGGCAAGGAUGCGAAAAACUAUGCGAGCGGCAAGGCUUUCUGGAAGUCCAUCUGUGCAGUUGGAGCAUUAUCUGGGCGGUCCAUGUGCCGCCUUCCAAUGUCACGUUUUUCUCCCAGUCGGGGAGCCUGAUGGUGUCCUGCCGCCCCUGCCUUCGGGAUUCAAGCUGCUUGGCGAUCUUCAUGUUGCCGUGGGCACCGAUCUUGUCGCUGCCCUGCGCGCCUUAGCCAGUGCUCGCGGCUGGUCAGGCUGGUCCGCGGAGAGGCCAGAAGAGACUCUGGAAGAAGGGCCUCCAAGAAAGGUGCGAAGGCUUGGCCAAGAAGGCGAGGCCCACGAUGGCGACGGCCAGCUGAGGCCCCUCCAUGCAGACGACUCAGAUCUGGAGGAAGCAAUAGACACAGAGGACGAGGAGCAAUCUGCUGACCCGUUCGAUUUCUGGGGUGGGAAUGCUGGCGAACUUGCGGCUACGCCUCCUCCUGAUGACUCGUCGGAAGAUGAGGCCGAUGCUGUUUCAGCUUUCGAUGCUGCUGACAUGGUUGUCGGUAUGGCAGCCGAACAAAUUCUGAGAGGGGCAGCUGAUCAUGCAGAACAGAAUCACGACCCCUCGCAGCCACAGCAACUUGAAAGGGAGGCUGCUGUCGCUACGAGACCUCUCAAGGUUUUCUGGGGUGAGGCGCGAUGGCAGCGGACACAGCUGCUUGGGGAACUGGCAAGAGGUGACUGGGGCUUGUGCCAAGCGAGAGCGGGAGACCUCUUCGAACCUGCUCGGUCCUUAUGGCCGCAGCUCCAUCGAGACCAGCGGCCGGUUGUGGCACCGCAUAGUGAAAUGACACGCGCCGAGACCGCAGAUGCUGCCCUUGCAGACAGCUGGCGGCUGCAGGAGUGGCUGCCUGGUCAUGCCUAUGCCAGGACGCUGUCGCUUCUGCCAAGUCGAGAUGAGGUGGUUCAGCUGGCAUUCCACGGGCCUUUCGGCUGGACCUUCAAGCUGGACCUCCGAAGAAGGCGAACGAGAAACCUUGUGGCCUCUGAGGCGCGGCUCCUGCUUUGUGUGGAGGAGCCUCCUUCCAAAGGCAGGGGUCGCGCAGACGUGCAGGGUUUCGAAGGCUUUGCGGUCCAGCAGCAAGCGGAGGGCUCAUGUCUCGUUUGGUGGCUGUGUGCGCUACCCCUGAUGCCGUGGGCACCGAUGAAGGUGCAAGAGGAGUUGGCUGUGCAGCGCGUGUCGUCGCUGGCAGCAUGCUCAGUGCACGGUGCAGAGCUGCGGGGCUGCCUGGGCUGCGGGGGCCUACACUUUGCAUGCACGGUCACGCCACGGUGGCCCGUGGAGGAUGCAGCGGAGCUUCAGUGGAAGCCUGGGGUCGCCGGGCCAGGAGCUUGGGACUUGGGCACCGACCAGUUCCCAGAGGCCCAGAGGCAAGGUGCUCUGCACGCCCCUGCAGAAAUGGAGCGAAGUGCUAUGUCUGCAGAGAUUCUGCAGGGGAUGCUGUGGGAAGCAGCUUGGGGUGGGCGAGAGGCCCGCUUGUCAUCCAGACCCAAUGGGCUGUUGCCGCAGGCUGGUGGAGAUUUCGCGCAGCGCUACUCAUCGCGCUGGGCUUUUGCUUCCAAGUUCUUGACGGGUGCAGGAUCCUUGGACCAGGCGCGGGACAGGCUGCUUCUCGUCAUCGCAUUCAUGGUUGCUGGUUUGCAUCUGGCUGCGGCGGGUUAUCCCUACCUGCCAUGGGUGGACUUGGGCUGUUGCUCUGGAAGGCAGUCUGCAGUCCUGCCUGAUGAUUGCACGGCCUCCCUGGAUGUGGACUGUCAAGCAGCUCCCGGACUUCAAGUGCCGCGGCGAGCCGCAUUCGAGGUGACAGGGAGAAGCGGCUGUGGAUUUCGAGUCUACGGUGCAGAUGAGGUAUCGUGCGAAGUCCAGCUUCCCGGCAGUUUCUGCUUCACCGACAAGGGCUUCACAACUGUUGAGUUUGCUGCGCCUGGAAGUGCUGCAUCGUCGGUGCGCUUCACUCGACCAUCGCUCCGAGUGAGGCCAAGUUGCUGGACAUUUGGACCUGGCUCCAUCUACGAGUGGCUAGGCACCGCGCGCUUCUUCGAUGAUUCGGCAGGCUUAGAGUGUGCACUGGUCUUCGACACCGAAUCGAGCGGAGCCGAGGAUAGCCUUCGAGGUUCUCUCCGAAAUGCAGCUGGCAGUCAGGUCGCUGAGAUCACGGGCAGCUGGCUUGGCCCGCUGGUAGUCGAUGGCGAGGUGCUUUGGAAGGGCCCUUCCAUGCAGCCCCUUUGA